UUAAUAAUUGAGAGAGAGGUUGGGUGGGUUGGUCACCGGAAGAAGCUGCUUUUUUAAUGAGUUGUUUUGUGUUUGCUCAACACUUUCCGGGAAAGUUGUGAAGCAAGCAACAAACUGUGAGGAAAAAAAAAAAGCAAUGGAGGAAAAAGCAGGAGUUGGUUGCGAUGUGAAGGUGAAGCUUUCAGAGAUGGAAGAAGAAAUGGUUGCCCAAAACAAGCCAAACCAGACGGAGGAUGAUCUGCAAAAGACCAGGAAAGUACCAUCUGCACUAAACAUUACCUGUCCUGCUCCGGCUCAGCUCACCAUCUUCUACGCAGGGAGCGUUAGCGUGUUUGACGCCAUUACUGCAGAAAAGGUUCGCGAACUUAUGCUUAUUGCGGCCGCUGCUGCUGCUGAUAAGAAGACUAGUGAUGUGAAGAAUAGCGCGACAAGCUGUCCUCCAAGUCCACUGAUUCGUACAGGAUCGUCCACGCUGCAAAACUCUUAUACUGCUCCUGGUUCACCAGUGGUCCAGCCCUACCCUGAGCAGAAUAGUUCCAUUUGCAAAUUGCAAGCUGAAUUUCCCAUUGCAAGGAGACACUCUCUUCAGCGUUUCCUGGAGAAGCGACGGGACAGGAUGGUUAGCAACAGUCCAUAUCCUACUUUGCCAGCAACACUGAAGGACGAGGAUGCAAAAACUAACCUGAGCGAUAACGCUUCGCCGGGUGUGGGUUGCUUCAAACAAUCCGCCAUGGUUCAGGAAGAAACUCAACCUUCUGUUGCCUAGCCAGCUUGAACUUCUAUCCCUGUUUAUGUCUCAGCAUAUGUGUUGUAAUUUCGCAAAGACCUACAUUUAACCAGUGAUUGUUGUGUCCGACUCGCCCGUUUGUGUAAUCGGGGCCAUGCGUGUACGAGUUCUCCGUCGAUUGAAACAGAUUGGUGGUCGACGAUGAAUUCUGUGUUCGAUUGGUGAAGAAUUCGUAGAUGUGUUAGCCCUGUUUAUGCCGAAGGCGGUUAGACCGCACUCGUCGUUUUACAUUGUGGAAUUGCCAAACAGAUAACAAAACUAUUUGUACGACUUUAGUCGUGUGGUGAAUUUUAAGCUGCUUAUUAUGUUUCA